AUGCCGUCGCGACGCACGCACACCAAGUCCCGCAAGGGCUGUUUGGAAUGUAAAAGGAGGCAUGUCAAGUGCGAUGAAGAUCUUCCCAAGUGUACACUGUGCAAGAGACGAGGAUUAGAGUGCAGCUAUCCACAGGGUGAUCAUGAAAGCUCUCAAGGAUCUCCUCUAGAGCGAGAUGACUCCGAGAACAGUGGUCGGGCCCCUGGUGAUCUUCCAAUGCCCACGCGCAUGCUGGAGAUGAAACUCAUGCAUCACUACAUGACGUCUACCUACCAAACAUUAUCUCAGGACGGGCUUUCAGCUUAUCAUUUGUCAAUGUCUAUCCCGCAGAUGGCGACAUCAUUUCCUUUCUUAUUGGACACUAUCCUCGCAUUGUCUGCGUUGCACUUGGCCUCGCUCGAAGCUGAUAAUCGCCUCAAAUGGCUAGACGCCGCCGUGCGUUAUCAAAGUCAAGCUUGCUCUGGUCUCGGCAAGAUUCUACCGGAAAUCACGUUACAACAAUACGAGCCCGCGUUUGUGUCCUCCGUCUUUAUUAUAAUUUUUGCGACCGGAUUUCAUUCAAUAUCAGCUGAAAAUACCCCCGGCGAUCCUUUCUCGCCAGUCAUCGAAGUUCGCACGCUGCUCAAUGGCGCCUCCAUGCUUUUUAACCGGUUUAAUGAAGUUGGCGCGGAUGGAUCACUGGGUGGCUGGCUUUGCAUACCAGAUUCUGUAGAGGCUCUAUGGCAGCCAAAUAAUAAUACUUCAUCGCAUGGGAUCAGUGAAAAGUUGUUCAGUUUGCACAAGGAUUUGAUGGCAUCCAUCGAGCGGUUAAAAGUCAAAAUCGAUUCAGAGCAAAGACCGCACCAAGCAGUUUACAAGGCCACAUGGGAACUAUUGAAUUAUGCGAUCGAGCCCUGGCCCAAGAUUGGUGCGCAAGGUGGACCUAUUGCAUGGCCUCUUUUCAUCACCGAUCAGUUUCUUUCACUCCUCCAGGAAGGUAACUGGCUGGCAAAGGUUCUAUUUUUGCACUGGGGUCUGGCUAUGCGGUUACUGUGUAAUCGCUGGUAUGUUCGCGACUGGGGUCGGCAAUUAAUCCUAGCCACAUUAGACCCGUUGAAAGACUCGGAGAUACCCGCUAUGUGGGCGGAUGAUAUAUCUUGGAUAAAAAUUGCGGCUGAGAUCAAUGAAUAA